GAAGAAUACCUCAGUGAAAAUUCGUACUGUUUUCGAAGAGCUCCGCGAAAGUCAUUUUCAAUCACUCAGAAAAGAUGAGCACACAAGUGGUGAUCACUUCUUUUGCCCGAACCCCAAUUGGAUCGUUUUUGGGCGGGUUGAAGUCGCUGGAAGCGCACGAGCUGGGCGCAGUGGCAAUGAAGGCUGCCCUGGAGAGGUCAAAGGUCGAGCCGUCUGAAGUGAACGAGGUCAUCGUCGGUCAAUUGCUCACUGCGGGCAAAGGACCCAACACUGGACGCCAAGCUGCUUGUAUCGCCGGCAUCCCGUUCAGUGUGCCCACCUACACGAUCAAUAUGCUCUGCGGAUCUGGAUUAAAGACGGUGAUGCUGGCCUUUCAGGCAAUCAGGAACGGAGAUGCCAAGAUCCUGCUGUGCGGGGGUCAGGAGUCAAUGUCCAGGGCGGAACACACGGCUUACCUACGUCAAGGCAUGAAAAUGGGCCCCUUGUCCCUGCAAGACAGCCUUUUCCAAGAUGCCCUGACUUGUGCCUUCAUCAAGGAAGCCAUGGGGAUCACAGGUGGGCACACUGAACGGGAUGCCGGCGAUACAAGCAGCUUGGCGUCCAGUGUUGGGUCCUUUGCCCGCAGUGAGCAAUUGACCGACGAUGACCUCGUUCACUUCAGAUCACCCAACCCAAAUCCACUCAAUGACAUUUAA